CGGUUGGGUGGUGCGUGCGCGCGUGAGGCGAACCGGUCCGAGUGAGGCGGCGGCUGCGGUGGCUUUGGCUGUCCCGGUAACGGACAGUCUCUCUGAGACUCUUCUCUUCCCGCAGCCUUGUUCGCCCUUGUCGGCGUGAUCUGAUCAAAUCAUGGACCUGCGACAGUUUCUCAUGUGCCUAUCCCUAUGUACAGUCUGUGCCUUGAGCAAGCCCACAGAGAAGAAGGAAAGAGUACACCAUGAACCUCAGCUCAGUGACAAACCUCAUGAUGAUGCCCAGAAUUUUGACUAUGACCAUGAUGCAUUCCUGGGUGCAGAAGAGGCAAAGACCUUUGAUCAACUAACGCCAGAGGAGAGCAAGGAGCGGCUUGGAGUGAUUGUAGAUAAAAUAGACGUGGAUAAAGAUGGGUUUGUGACCGAGGGGGAGCUGAAAUCCUGGCUUAAGCACACCCAGAAGAAAUACAUGUCUGACAAUGUUGAACGCCAAUGGCAGGAGUUUGACAUGAACCAAGACGGCUUAAUCUCCUGGGAUGAGUACAGAAACGUGACCUAUGGCACUUACCUGGAUGAUCCAGACCCUGAUGAUGGAUUUAACUAUAAACAGAUGAUGAUGAGAGAUGAGCGGAGGUUCAAAAUGGCUGACAAAGAUGGAGAUCUCAUUGCCACAAAGGAAGAGUUCACAGCUUUUCUUCACCCCGAGGAGUAUGACUACAUGAAAGAUAUAGUUGUUCAGGAAACUAUGGAGGACAUAGAUAAGAAUGCUGAUGGUUUCAUUGAUCUAGAAGAAUACAUUGGUGACAUGUAUAGUCAUGAUGGAAAUGCUGAUGAGCCAGAAUGGGUGAAGACUGAGCGUGAACAAUUUGUGGAAUUCCGAGAUAAAAACCGUGAUGGGAAGAUGGAUAAAGAGGAAACCAAAGACUGGAUCCUGCCUUCUGACUAUGAUCAUGCAGAAGCUGAGGCCAGGCAUCUGGUUUAUGAGUCAGACCAGAACAAGGACGGCAAACUUACUAAGGAGGAGAUCGUUGACAAGUAUGAUUUGUUUGUGGGCAGCCAAGCCACAGAUUUCGGCGAGGCCUUAGUGCGACAUGAUGAAUUCUAAAUUGUUGACAGACAAAAUCCAUUUUUCUUCAAAAGUAAUUUAUUUUUUACAGCUUCUGGUUUCACAUGAAAAUCGUUUUCGCUACUGAGACUGUUAUUACAAACUUUAAAGCAGUGAAAAAAACACAACAGCAAAACAUAUCCCGUCCCCUUUCCUCCUCCCAAAGGGACUGGAGGGACAUUCUGUGCUUCUGAUGAAAAACUGUAAUUAUGACACUUGUGUUUUUUAGAUUUACACUUUGUUUAAUGUAUAACAAGUUGUGUUUAUUUUUGUAUUUGUUUUCUGGUUGGGAGUAUGACAUGAAGGAUACCCAUCCUCACCUCACACUAGUUCAUUACCAUCCCCAACCCUUUCUAUAAUUUUUUUGUACUUUUUACUUAGUUAACUAAUUUUGUAAAGCCUAAGAUCAACAAGGAAAAGUCUAGGGGAGGAAAAAUGUAAAACAUGCCCUGUAUUUCAUAUCAAAGAGAUAACAUCCUGGCACUGUCUGCCUAAAAGUAUGACAUUUCCCAAUUGUUUAUUGUGACCAGUUAGCUCUCCAGCUCCUCAUCCUACUCAUCAUGUCCCAGGCAAGGAAGGAUUCUUAUUUAUAAACCUGGGCCAGGCUUUCCCUGAUGCAGUUUUUCUGCUAAGGAAAAAAAAAAAAUAACAUUUACUCAAUCUGACAAACACAGCUGGCCGAAAAAGGGUUAGGACUAGUGACUUGAAAAUCAAUCAUGUAGUGGGUGUGAGCUAUCCUUUCACAAAGCUAUCUCCAGGGACAGCUGGAGAAAUAAAGGAAAAGUAGACUAGUUUCUUUAUUCUGUCUCAGGUCUAUGUGAAUUUGCUCGUUGAAAUACCCAAGGCAGGCUUGUAUAACAGCUGUUGAAAUCAUCUUUACUAUUGCUGAGUUGCUUGCCAGCAGGCAGGCUGAUGGCCCCCUUGCCCUAUGCUCUCUAGGCCAGCCUGAUGACACUGGGCAAAUGGCUCCCACUUCAAAGAGUUACGAUUUACUCCUUUUCGAUCAUGUCGGUGAAGUGCCUUUACCAGCCAAGAGAAAUGAUCAGUGAAGGCAUUUCCUUUUAUGGAACCCCAAGGUGGAAAAUGUGCUGAAAUGGAAACUGGUUUGGAGCAGAGAAACUCCAGUAAACUUGCCAUAUGAAAGCUGCUGAGCUUGGAAACGCCCCGAGGGUAGGAUAGGUUAUUCUUAUUUCCCUCUUACAGUAUUAGUAAAAAUCUCAAAUGCAGUGUUCUUUAUAUCCUUGUGGGCUGGUUUCCUAAAACCACAUGCUGCCGAAUUUACCAGGGAUCCUCAUACCUCAAAACGCAAACCACUUAUUCCCACUUUCUCCUAGAUAAAAAUUGCCUAGGCCUCAGUCAGUGUCAGCUAUGGAACUCCAUGAUUUGGGUCUAGAGAAGAUGGGAAUACCCCAAUAGAUGACUUUACUGGCAGGGACCCUAUGGUUUUGAGUGCCAUUGCCCAUACCCACCCACCCCCACCCCAAAAUAAAACUACAUGGCUAAGCAGGCUGCCAACCUUUCUUAAAGAAAGGGGGAAUUUGGAAAAGGCUUUGUUUUCCAGUUAAAUAUAGUCAAGGAAAUGGCUUUUUCCAAUUCCAUAGACUCCCUCCCUGCUUCAAUACAACACUAACUAUAUUUUUUGAGGGACCUUAAUUGUAAGUAGACCUCUCCUGAAAAAACAUUUUGUAUUCCAAGUGAGCAAUUUUGAGGUCACUAAGAUGUGUAUAUAUAUCCUUUAUUACUUCAUGUAUCUCUUUUUAUAGAUAACACGUCUUUGAUAUAACUUGAUAGCGUCGGGUGGAACUGGGUGAAUACACUAAACAAGAUCUUCUAAUGGCCAUGUUGAGAAAGACCUGGUUAUUGUGGGUGACUCUUAUCCGUUAGGUUCAGCCCCUGAUUUGAGGUUCUAUGCUCUACUAGACCCCCAGUUUCUGUGCCAAAUUGGCUGAAGAUGCUAGUGGUCCAUACCCUGGCCUCCACUUAAUGCAGUUCAGUCAUGAGUUACAUGGGGAGGGUUCAUACAGCAGAAACCUGCAUAUAGCCCAGCUCUAGUUUUUAAAUCACCCACCCAAAGAGUGAAUCUUAGUAUAUUACAGCAGCAGCAAUUUCUGCAUGCUGGGUGCUCAGCAGCGUGCAUUUUACUUCAAUCCCUCAUGGAGUCCCUGGGUUAUUUUUGGUUUCUAGAAAGCAUGAAGCUGAUGAGCAAACAGGCCACACACUCCCAGCGUGUGUCCUGUGAAUGCUGAUUCUCUUCUUGAUUUGGGUGUUUUGGUUUUUUGGAGUGUAAACCAAGUUUUAUAUUCUGUAAUGCAAACAGGUUACUAUCUGUUUCUCAAUAAAACUGUUUACAUUCAUUGUA